AUGGCUAAUUCUGGAAAAUCACAGAGCAACCAAACAAGCUUUGUGUUGUAUGGACCAGAAGGAACCGACGAAAAUCUAACCACAGCCCAGAGCUGGGUGCCAAGUAUCAAAAACCCAUACUUGGGCUCGGUAAACUGGACUGUCCCAGAGAAUGUAGAGAUUACAGUGACACUAUUUAGGGAUUCCAGACAAGAGGAGUACGAGGAUAAAGAAUGGACUUUUGUGAUAGAGGAUCAAACUGCAAAUGGAAGAAGAAAGAUCCUGGCCAGCAAGUCUAUAAAUAUGAAGAAUUAUGCGAGUCACAUUCCUUCACAAACUAACAUAAAAGUGAAACUGAAACCAGCUACAAAGAAGGUUGUAUCUGCAAGCAUCACACUCACUCUCUCCUGUGUCUUCCUAAGGGAAGGCAAGGCUACUGAUGAGGACAUGCAGAGUGUUGCGAGUUUGAUGAGUAUUGGGAAAGCUGACAUCGGCAAUCUUGAUGAUUUAGACGAAGAUGAGGAGGAUGAUGACAAUUUGUCUGCCAAAAUCAAUGAGAUGGCGUCUCAGUAUGAGUCUCAUCUUAGUGACACAAGUAACUAUGAUAAUCCCUUUGAUGUGCCUGAGUUUGAGGAGGAGGAGGACGGUUUGCAUGCUUCACCCCCUCUCUUUGAAAAGUGUAAACCCGAGAGAAAUCCAAGACACCCCCUUUCAUGAAUCCGUUUAAUGAAGAGGAAGAAUACGAUAGGGAUAAAAACCCUUUUGCUGACCCAGACCCCUCACUUUUGAACCAGUUUGAAGAGCCACGCCCCUCAGAUAGAUCUGUGUCCUCAGCUCCGUUUGAAGAG